GUCUACAUCUGCAGACUCCAUGGAGCCGGAGAGAGCUGCCGUGUAGCUAGUUUAAUAAUUAAAAAAGAAAAGUAAGAGUGAGCCUUCUCAGAAGGACAUUUGAUAUAUAGUGGAAAUACAGUUGUGGAAGAUCUAUAUAAUGCAAGCUCGUCAAGCACCAAAUGAACAGCAAAAGGAUUUUCCUGUUGAACCACCACCUUGUUCUAGCCCUUUCACCGCUGAAUAUAAUGGACGUCAUUACAAUUGGAGAGGAAUUGGUCCAGGACAGAGGUCAAUCGUCAUUUCUGUGUAUGACUCAAGAACUGAGCAGUGGAGCCUCUUGCCCACCACUGGACCUCCACCCCCUGGAGAGUGGGGUGGUCGCUCUGUUUGCGUAGGUCGUUACCUGUACACCUUUGGUGGUGGUGAUGGGUCUUCUUGGCACAAUGACAUGUACAGUCUUGAUCUUGAGAGACUCCAUUGGACCAAAGUUCAAACCUCUGGCAGUCAGCCUAUUAAAAAAUUUGGUUGUGGACUUAUCAGCGUUGAUGAGAGAACUCUGUGCUGCUCAGGAGGACACGGUAUUGGCCCCACACAACCAGGAUCAACAUUUACCAAAGACACACGAUACACUGAUGGAAGUGGAUGGACAAAUGAGUUCCAUCUGUUUGAUGUUCAAACUGGUGUCUGGUCGUCCCCUGAACUCAAAGGAGAGAGACCUCCUCCCUGUGCCUACUUCACGUUCACCAAGGUGGACAGGCACAGGGCGAUCUUCUUUGGAGGGAGACAACCUGACCAUAGGGUCAACAAUGUCUACGUGUUCAACUUCAGUAACAUGGAGGUCACUAAAGUGGAGCCAGUACAGGGAGAGCCAUGGCCAGUGGGAAUGUCAGUACCUGCUGCCUGCUGUCUGAAGUACGGGGAGGACCACCCUCAACUACUUGUGUACGGAGGAGUAGAUAAUGACAAAAAAGCGUUGGGGGAUAUGUGGAUACUUAAUGUUGACACUGGAAAGUGGACAGAGUUCACACCUUCUGAGUCAGUUCAACCACGGUACAACCACUCCACCACUGCCAUCAGUCUGGGACCAGCACUCAUUGAGGUCCUCGUGUUUGGAGGCCGUCGGGAGUGGUUGGGAGUUAGCAUUGCAGAGACAACUAUACUGAGAUUUGAAUUGACUGGACCCUCGCCUGGAAAGUGGGCUCUCGUGGAUGUUGCCUACAACGACACUAGAGGCUCCGCUCAGCGACUGGGAGAGAAGAGGAUAAUCAGACGAGCAACUGCUCGUGCCUCAUUAGUCAUGGAGACCAGCAACUACUCCUCUCAAUACCGGGUGAGGGCUUUGGAACAACAGCUACUAGCAUCAGAGCAGAGAGAGCAGGACACUCAACAUCACUGUGAACUACUGUUGCAAGGAAAGGAUCGAGAAUUGGCUGCUCAAGGUCAAGAAUUGACUGCAAAAGAUCGAGAAUUAGCUGCUGAACGUCGAAAUUUGGCUACAAAAAAACGUGAAUUGAUAGAGGCCAACCAUCACUGUACAGAUGCUGAGAGACAACUCAGAGAAUCUCAACAAACAGUCCAAGAUGCCAACAGGAGAGAAGCUGACCUGUAUGCUCAAAUCACAGCUCUCAGGGUGGAGUUAGAAGGCAAAACAAAAGAGUUGGCAGCACACAACACAGAGGUGUGGAGGAUUCCAGCCAGCAGAGUAAGAACCAUGAGAACAAUUGGUACUGGAGGGUGGGGGGAGGUGCUGGAGGGAACUGUGAAGGUGGCCGUCAAACGACUCUUUGCUGCCAUUGUCAAUCUACGCAAUCUGGAGAGACUCCAGAGAGAAAUGAGGCUCUUGGCUGAAGUACGGCAUCCCAACCUGGUACAGUUCAUUGGGGCAGUGUUUGACCAGUCCCCUCCUCUCAUCAUCACCGAGCUUUUGGACAUGAAUCUUCGACAAGCGUACGAGAUGAAUCAACUAGUACCAGGAAACCGCCUCUCGAUCUUCAUUGACAUUGCCCAAGCUCUGGACUACUUGCACCAGCGCUACGAGCCUAUCAUCCAUCGUGAUGUGAGUGCUCCCAACGUCCUCCUCCAGCAAAUGCCCAACCAUCAGUGGAAGGGGAAGGUCUCUGACCUCGGAUCAGCCAACUUUCUACAGCAGGCUCAGACGAUGGGAGAGGGGGCCAUAAUCUACUCUCCUCCUGAAGUCAUCCCUCAAGCUGCAGAUCCAUUUAAUCCCCCUCUAAGGCAGUCUGUCAAGAUCGAUGUGUACAGCUACGGCAUUGUCCUCUGUGAGGUGAUCGCUAGUCGAUUCCCAAGUGCUGAACAUUAUCGAGAGAUGAUUCUCCAAGUACAGAGAGAGCGACCCAUUAUGUGUGAGCUGAUUGUCCGCUGCACUAAGAGAGACCCCAAUGAUCGACUCAGUAUGGCACAGGUGCUCGUGGAACUGAACAAAAUUGUACCUUUUUAAUAGACCAAAAAAUAGAUGUGUGUUAAAAAAAGUUCGAUUUGCAUUACGUGUUGUAUUGUAUCAGGAGCAGA